GAGCACAAGAAACUAAGUACCAUUCCCAUCAUAUCCAAUUAUAUUUCCGAUGUACGUCCAACAUGACAGCUGGUGACGUUUCCAGUCAUGUGACGCGUGCAUGCAGUCCAGUGGAGGUAGCUUAGUAAUGUAGAACUCAUCUCCCAAUGCCUUUGCCCUCUUUUUGAAGGAAGCUGCCUAUUUCUCAACCUCCAGUAUGCGUGUAACCCGAUCAAGAAGUGCGGGCAAACCAGAAGACCUGGGAUUGCAAGGCCUUGCGAAAGUCGGAAAGCCUCAGCGAAAAACAGAGCAACUGAGACGGUUUCCGGCAACACAAGAAAGUCUAGUUUCAUCAGCAGUAAAGUCCGAAGGCCAUCCAGGGUUAUCCGAUUCAGCCCCGGUGGAUCAGGCAAGCCUGGUUCAAGUCCCCCGGUUGCCUUCCAAAACUUCAGCAAAGCCGCAUAUUGAGCAGUCGUUUGCUCACAUACAAACGCCGGCAGAUCCCGAGCUCCCGCCUAAUUUCGUGACUUAUCACACCCCAGAGUUUGUAAGCGCAAUCAAGCACAUCUUAAACAUUGACUCCACUCUUUAUCCAGCGAUUGCACAUGGCAACUUUGCAGCGUUUGCAAAUAAAAACGAAGAUUCCCAGCUCGAGGGCCUGGAAUUGAUCAACAGUUAUUGGUACUCGUUGAUCUCAUCGGUUAUAUCCCAGCAAGUGUCAGGAUCUGCAGCCAAAGCUAUUCAAACUAGAUUCAACGAUUUGUUUGAAGGUACACCAACUCCAAAAGCUACGCUCGAUUUGCAAUUAGAUACGCUCAAAGCUGUGGGAUUACUGAGCAUGAAACUAAAGUAUGUUGUGCACAUCAGUGAAGUGUUUUCAGACCCUGAAUCUAGGUUGACUUCAGUGGAGUUCUACAAGCACACAUCCACAGAGGAAUUGAUUGCAGAGUUGACCAAACUCAAGGGUAUUGGCGAGUGGUCUGCUAAUAUGUUUGCCGUGUUCACAUUGAAAGAACUCGACAUCUUUGCAUAUGAUGAUUUAGGUGUCGCCCGGGGUGUUGCUAGAUAUUUGCAGGUGCGGCCUAAGACUUUGGAGGAAACAAAAAACGGUGUCCAUGCGAUUGAGGAACUCAAAGCUCGGUUGAAGAGAAAAUCAAAGUUUCACUCGGCUAAGUCCAAGCGGGAUUGGACUCCUCUUCAUGAUGAGUAUGUCAAAUUUCUUGCAUUGAAGUUCGAGCCGUAUCGCACAGCUUUUAUGCUCGUGAUGUGGAGAUUGUCAUCUACAAACAUAGACGUUUUGGAGAAAGAUGAUGAACUGCGAGAUACUGGCUCUACUGCCUCACGGGUUUCAUAAAGAGGGACGUGUCUUUUCCCGCACGUAUGUGGUUAUUUCGGGAAGGACAGUUCUGACGCCCCAUUUUGCUUUUACAACAAAAAGGGGUGUGUCGUCCAAAAUGAUGAAAACAAAAGCUUUUUAAAAUGAAACUGUAUUGCUCUCAAUAAAAAUG